GGGAGCGCGGGGUCGCCAGCAGCACCGGGCAGGGUUGGGCCGGGCGGCAGCGCUCCUCGGCAGCGCCCGUGCAGCAGUCCCUCGGCGCCGGCAGCAUGGGCAGCUCUACCUCCAGCCUGCUGGACGAGAGCAAGUGCACUUACAUCCGAGGAAAAACAGAGGCUCUCAUCAAAAACUUCAGCCCGCACUACAGACGCCAGUAUGCGGUGGCUUUCUGCAAGCAUGUGCAGGAUGAGCUGGAGCAGCACCGGGAUUCCCAGUCCCAGUUCCUGAAAAACAAGCCCCCGAUGGAAGCUGGGGUGGUCUUAUAUGAAGCAGAACUGCUGCAUUUUGCCGAGGAUCUGAAGAAGUGGAAGGACAGAUAUGUUGUUAUCAAAAAUGAUUACACAGUAGAUUGCUUUGAGACUAAAGAGGCCUACCAGAAAGGAGCCAGCCCUAAAUAUCAUGUUAUUCCUGCAGGAGGCAAAGUACUGACUUCAGAAGAAGAUUACAAUUCGCUAUCUGACAAACAUUUUCCAGAUCCUGUUGGUUCAAGUGAGAAGGAGGUUGCUCAAGCCUUUGUUCAGCUGCCAAGGGAGUUCCCAGUUUACCUGUGGCAGCCCUUUGCCCGGCACAGCUACUAUUGCUUCUCAGAGCCAGAAGCUCAGAGGCAGUUCAGUGCCGUGCUGGCAGACUGCGUGAGACACUCAAACCAUGAUUUUCUCAACCAGACAACAUAUGAAGUUGAGGCAUUCUUAGAAGCCAUUCAAUUCUUCCGGCAGGAGAAAGGCCACUAUGGGAUGUGGGAAAUGAUAACUGGUAAUGAAAAAGAGAUCCUGAGCAACCUUGUGAUGGAGGAACUCCUGCCUAACCUUCAAACAAUGAUCCUGCCUAAAAUGAAAGGAAAGAGAAAUGAUAGGAAGCGGACCUGGUUUGGUAUCGUAGAAGAAACUUACAGCUUAGUUCAGCAGCAAGUGUCAGAAGGAUUAAGUACCUUGAAAGAAGAAUGCAGAGAUUUUGCAAAAACUCUUGAAGGAACGAUUCGUUCAGACAUUGAUCAGAUUCUGAACUCCAAGAACUUCUUAGCUGGAAAAAUCAAAGCCACUGUUUCUGAGCCUGCUCAGAAGUGCUGCACCGAAAAUAUCCAGCCAUUUCUCACUUCCAUAUUAGAGGAGCUCAUGGGUCCAGUGAGUUCUGGAUUCACUGAAGUCCGUUCACUUUUUGAUAAAGAAGUUAAUGAAAUCAUCCAGGACUUCCAGAAGACAAAUGAUAUCACAAAGCUAAAGGAGAACAUGGAUCAGCUUACGAACCUGCCACUCAACUCUGUGAAAAUGGAGCCCUGCUAUCUGAAAGUGAAUCUCCUCCAGGAGCUCCUUCAAGACCUCAAGAGUCGCUUCAAGGUCUAUCACAUUGAUUUUGUGAUUCAGAGGACACAGAACUUUAUGCAAGAGCUGAUGGAAAAUGCAGUUUAUACUUUUGAGCAGUUGUUCUCUCCAAGUCGCCAGGCAGACUCAGCGAAAGUUGCAACCACCAUUGAAAAAGUCAAGCUGAGAGUACUGAAGCAAUAUGAUUAUGAUAGCAGCACUAUCCGGAAGAAGAUAUUUCAAGAAGCACUGGUACAGAUUACUUUGCCCACAAUGCAGAAGACACUGGCUUCAAUGUGCAAACCAGAGUUGCAGAAAUACGAGCAGUUCAUUUUUGCUGAUUACACUAGUGUGAUUCAAGUAGAAAAUGUGUAUGAAGAGAUUUUAUAUCAGACACUGCUUGAAGAAACCCUGAAAGUGAUAAAAGAAGCUGCCAUUAUGAAGAAGCACAACCUCUUUGAAGAUAACUUGAAUUUGCCCUGUGAAAGCGUGUCCAGCUUAACAGACCUGAAGACCCCUUCAGGAUCAGCACAAACCACUCCUGCGAAGAAGCCUUCCACCGCUCGAGCUGAGAUGUCAGACACUGAAACUCACAGUGAUGAAAUGCUCAUUGUGACAGGAAAAAUUUCUUGGGAGAAGGAUCAUGAUGAUAGAAAGUCAUCAGACAAAGAGGCAGUCACUUCUGUUAAAACAGCUAGUGAUCAGGCAAGCAAAAGUGAAGAAGUGUUCCAUAUAGACAUUGGCCAAGACGAGGAGUCCCUUUCAGCUACACUUACAAAACAAGAAGUUGUAGAGAAAAAAAGCACUUUGGAGAAUGAAGACACAGUGAAAGCAGAGUGUGUAGUAAACACUGAAAAAGAGCUUAAGACACAACCAGAAGCUGUGGAGGAAAAAGUAGCUUCUGGGACUGAAACCGAAGUAAAAGGUCUUGGAGCCAGCCCUAAAAAAGAACUUAAGGUACAUGAAGGAGCAGUAGAAGAAAAGGUAACUUCUGAGAGUCAAAUGGCAAUGGAUGCUGUGUUUGUUGGUGGCACAGAAAAAGAAAGCAAAGCAUACAAAAAAGUUUCUGUGAUAAAGAUGACUUCCCCACAGGAUAACGUAGCAGAAGCAGAUAUUUUAGGGGAUGCUGAAGAGAAAAUCAAGGUAGAAAGAGAAAUUACAAAAAAACUAACUCAAAGUGAAAAUGCAGUAGGAAUGGGAUUUGAAGAGGAUAGUAAAAAAGAAAGCAACGGCCAAGGAGCUAGUACUGAGACAAGGGUUAUUUCGCAGGAUGAAAAUGCAGGGAAAGGAGGGCCUUGGGAUAAUCCUGAAAAAGAAGGAAAGUCAGAAGAAAAGAGUUUUAAAUCCCCCGAUGAUGUGAACGAGAUAAGGAGUUUGCUUAUGGUUACAGUUGAGAUACCAGCAGAUACUCCAACUGAGAACAUAAAGGAGAUUUGCAAAAGUGAGAUAUUAAAGUUGCAGGAGCACAAUAAAGGGAAUAAUGAGUUGAGCAAAAUGGCUGCAGAAGAAAUUCAAGUGAGCCAGAUGAUGAUGAAUAAAGAUGCAGCAGAAUGUGCAGAGUUCAAGGAGGACCAACCACCUUCAUCUAGUUUGGGGACAGAUGGUACGAAUUUAAAAGAUGUGUCCAAGGGGGCCUGCAAUAUAGCACAAGCAGAAUGGCUGGUGGAAAGCUCAGAUAUGCCUCAGGAGACAAAAGCAGAGGUGGAGAUCAGACAAAGUGUUUGGUACACAGGUGUGGGAAGCUGCAAAAGUGAUAGAUUGCAGCCAGAGGAACACACUGAAAAUGUGUCCAAAGACAAAAGAUUAGAUGGGGAGGAGGGAGGAGUAGGGAAUAGCCAUGCCACUGUGGUGGAGACUGAAAGCUUUUUUCAUAAUCCUGCUGAAAAUGCAGAUACAACACAAGUGCCCAUUUUGGAUACAGAAAACCCUAGAACAGGACUACUAGAUACGCCAGUUUCUUGGGUGCUGGAGCAGGGCGAAGUUAGUGCCAUAGAGGUCAUAGAAGAUACAGAGGCUGGUGAGGGUGAAGGGAAGCCAGGACAUGAAUCAUCUUCACACAUGGAACUAAAAAGCAGAGAAGUAGAAGAUAUUUUCACAGAAGAAAACAGAGAAGAUAGUUACACACAACAAAACUCUGAGGAGUAAGAAGUGUUUUUCAAUGCAUCCCUGCAGGAUUUAUUUACUCCAGUAAUCUUUGUUUAAUUGUGACUACUUUGGGUCAGAGCUAGAGGAAAUGGGCUUUGUUGUGGUUUUAUCAGCUCUUGCAGUUUUAGCACAGAACCCUUCCUGUGUGAUGGGUGAUAGGUUUCUUUCCAGUUAAAGCCCUCACUGUUUAAAACCAGGUUGCUGUUGGGAACCUCAUCUUUCAUUCAAAAUUUGCUACCUUUUGUGGUUAUAGAAAAAAGUCUGAAAAUAUGACCACUGGAUGGUUCAAAAGCAACUCCCCCCCAAUUAUAAAGUUAUUUUAACAACUUAACUGUUCUUAGUUUUUUAGCAAGGGAGUGGCUCAUGGUUUUUAAGUACAUGGAUUUUACAAGUACUGCUGUGAUUCUUAGGUGGUUGGUACAUACAUUGCUAUUCACGGAUGCUUUUAGUAUUUGCAUGUAGAAUACGGGAAAUAAAUAAACCCUUUAGUAGUUAAACAGAACCAAAUAAUUAAUUUAGAAAGUUGCUCAAAAGCCACACUCUAUGCAAACUGAUUACUUUAAUAUCCACCACAACUUUAAAAUAAUUAAGACAAGCAAGUGUUCAGACUUUUUUUUUUUGUUUUUUUUAAUUGCUGUAUUUAAAAUGGGGAAAAUAUGGGAGCAGGUUUCUCAGUCCCGCUGUGUACUUCUAGGUUAUUUAGCCUUCCAGAGCACUUUAUGGCUACUUUAUUUUGUUUAAUUUUAUGGAAGGGAAGAUGAGAAUGUUUACAACAACUAGAACUAUUACACAGCAUCUUUCUGUUUUACCUCCCACCAUAAAAUAUAUUCAUUUACGGCUGUCUAAUACAGAAUAUUCAUAAUUCUGCCAUUACCAUUUUUACUGAGUUACCCAGUUCUGUAAGUCUUUUGAGGUGCAAAGAUUAUAUAAUAAAUGACAAAAAUUGUGAAAUAUCAUAAUAAUUGCAUAGAAUUUCUAACACAGAUGUUAAGCAAAGAGCAGCCAAAGGUUAUUCACAUGUGCUUAGACUUUGGGGGGCAGAAUCACAUUUCAAAAGCAGUUAUUGAAAAGAGACCUAUUGCUAUCAUAGGUGGCAUAUUAUCAUCCAUAUCAAAUCUAUGCACAGAGUUGCUUAUAUGCAUUAUCUGCAUAUUUACAGCACAUAAAAGCUUGGAAAUGAAAACCAGUAUUUUAGUAAAAUGGGCUUUAGAUUUCAAGGCCUCACUUCAGAGAUCAGUUUAAAACACCUUAAAAUUUUUGCCUGGUAUUUCAGACUGUUUCUGAAUAAAUAUAAUACAGUACAGGACAGCAAAGAUUAAUAAUAAAUGAGUAAUGAUAAAUG